GUACGUGUCCGUGUACCGGUUUUAACUUUAAAGUACCAGCGUUGUUAACAAUUUUGUUAUUGUGUCGCGGCUCGAAAUCAUAAUAAUUAUUUCACAAUGAUACAUUUUUUGGCAUUAGGUAACUCAAUAGACGCCAGUAUCAUUGAUAAGAUAUCAGUUUCGUCCAGAAGAUAAACGCGACAGGUUGUACCUACCUGUUUCGAGAUUUUUCUGAGAAAUAUGGGCAAAUAUUUUUUUAUUAGUAUUGUGGAAUAGAUUAAUCUCAGUUGAUUCAGUGUGGUAGAGUUAAUUGUGAACAUAAAAUAUAGUAUAGUACAAAGUUGCCGGUUUAAUGAAUGAUUCAUCACAUAUAAAAAUGAAUAUGCCCAGUACUAUCUUUUUUUUGUGUUUGUGCUUUAAUUUCAGCCUGCAGUUUGAUAAUAAUUCAUCAGCAUUGACGACACCAAAUUAUUCUAUCGAUCCCCAACUACCAGGAUUCGAAGGUUCGAAACUCAAAUCGGGCGCAAUAGUACUAGCGGAUAAAAGGACUCUAUUUAUCGCCGAUCUCAGACAUAGACACUUUGACGGUGAACUCGAAUUUUGGGUGGGAACUGGUAGCGAUCCUUUCAGUGAUACUCAUAAACAACUGGUAUACAGAGAUGGAUCUUUGGCAAAUCACACAAAUAUCUAUGUGACCUUGCCCGAAAAUCUUACAUUAGAUAAUAUAACUUUCAUCGAAGGCAGAUUUCACAAUGAAAGCCUGGAUUAUGUAAGUUUACAAAAUGUAACAAGAAACGACAUAAGAAGUUACGAUGAAUCUUCAACGGAGAUAAACGUAUACAGAAUACCAAAAUGUUGCCUACAGAAUCAGCUUUUAAACGAAUCUGUAGGAAAUCAAUGUGGUCCUACUGCAAAACCAAUAGAUCUAGAUAUAAACAUAUUCGAGAGUAACGAAACUGGUUUGGAUCCUGACAUUACAAUAAAUUCUACAGAAUAUCGUCUAAUACCUUACAUUCAAGACUUGAAUUGUUCAGGAGAUUAUGUGUAUAGAGUAAUAGUCACAGAUCGUCAUGGGCUUAUAUACAAUUCAUCAAUGAUUAUUGAAGGAACAGCUAUAUUAUCGCACAGCGAUUUCUGUGUGGACGUUUACGCUAUGGAAAAUAGCAGCGUUUAUACUGUUACUCUCCAAUGUUCUCCUCAGGAAAAUACUGAUCCAGAUUUUUAUAUGCCAGUGCUUAUUAUAUCAGCAAUAUGUUUCGCCCUAACUGGUGCUGCCUACGGCAUCAUUUUCAAGCCGAAACACAUUUACAAGGGGUGCAUUAUAAUAUUUGCGGGUUCGAUGUGUUUGGCUUUCAUAUCUCUCGUUAUCAUGCAAGUGCAAAACAAUAAUGCUACAUGUAGAUUAUUUGGCUGUGUGUUUCUAUUUACUGUUAUAUUCGCAUUCCUAUGGUUAAUGAUUUUGUGCUUGGAAUUACUCUACUUAGUCAUAUAUCCCAUUGAAGAAACAAGAUAUGAUAAACGAUGGCGCUGGUACCUAGGAAUAUCAUUAGGCAUAACAUCGGUACUAUUCUUCGUAUCUAUAUUUUCUGGAGGAUUGGGUAUACCUGAUGUAUCUGACUCUUUUAUUAUGUUUUAUAGGCAAAACAGUUGUAGGUUUUAUAUAAGUAGUCCCAGAACAUACAUAAUUUUUACACCAAUGAUUGUGUCAAUAUUAGGGUCAUUUACUAGCUUGAUUAUUUUGACGACACAGAUUAAUAAAAACGAGGCUAAUCCUAAAAUAACGAAUCACGUUGAUUGGGUGAUGAACCGUAACAGUUACAAAUUCCUUUCUAGGACCUAUUUUAUUAUUCUUAUAGUAGCUACUUUUUGGCUUAUCAACAUAUUCCUCCACUCUAAUCAGUUGGAAAGUGGAAAGACGCAACUUGCCUUGGAUGUUAUAAAAGCAUCAUUAGGUAAGUACAAGCCAAAAAUAUGUGAUGGGCCUCAUUUUCUAGGCCAUGGCCGUCAAGGAUCAGAAAAACUACAAAAGUCUGAGUAAUUUUGGUGUAUCGCAGUCAAAAUCAGUCUCAAAAUGGACAAUAAAUUCUUGUUGAGAAGUUUAUGUUGCUGGCCAAAAGACAAGUCAGCUAUGCUUACUUGCUCUUGCUGUAUAUGCAAGUAUGAUUUAUUCAAGAAGGAUAAGGUAUAACUUUCAAACACUUUUAUGCCAUCAUCAGUUCCGGUGAUUCUUAUCUAUACAUAUAAAAAUCAAUGUUUGCUGGGUUUCCGGCUUAUGCGCUCCUACACCACUUAUCCGAUUACGAUGAAACUUUGGUAGGUUGUUAUGGCCAUCCCAAGGUAGGUUUGUGGAUAGGUCAAGGCAAAAAAGAAAUUAAUUUUGAAUUAAUUAUUAAUUAAACAAACUCACUCACAUUACAUAACAACAUAACCCAACUUUUUUGACAGCAUGAAACAACAUUGCCACAUUUCAUUUAUUUAGGCUUGCCAUUCAACCGACGUAACUUUAUUAUUUUUUGAAUUCGAGAACGGCUGGACCGAUCUUGAAUUAAAUACCACGUAUCUCUAUAUAAGUCGAAUUCGAUUGACCUAGAUUAGAUCGAUUUGGGUUCAAUUUAAGUAAACUUCUACUGAUCUGGAUCAUUUUUUUGUUGAUGAACCUCAAUCGAACACAGUGUGGUUCACUUAAAUUGAACCAGAUCGAUCUAGUCCGGUCAAUCGAAUACGGCUAUAGAGAGAGGAAAGUAAUAUAGGCUAUUUUCCAUCCCAAAAAAAAAGUUCAGUUGCGCGAA